GAGAGUGCUAGGGGGUUUUAUGACAGCGACAGCCUCUCUAUCCUCCAGUCUCGUUGCUCCGGAGUCCCGGAAGUGAGUGUGAAACGGAAUGGCGGAGAGUCCGGCAGCCGAGGCGAUCAUUCUCCCGGGUGCGACGGCAGCAGGAGGUGGUUUGGUGCCUCACCUUACCGGCCUUCAUCCGCCCGGGACAUCGCAUUUGGCCACGUCCUCUGUGUGGGAUCCCACGGCUAGUACGGACUGGGAUAACGAGAGGGCGUCAGCUCAGUGUGUGCUGAGGAUCAAACGGGAUAUCAUGACCAUUUAUAAGGAGCCUCCCCCAGGAAUGGUUGUGGUGCCAGAUCCUCAUGACAUGACAAAGAUUCAUGCUCUCAUCACAGGCCCAUUUGAUACACCUUACGAAGGAGGAUUCUUCUUGUUCCUGUUUCGAUGUCCACCAGAUUAUCCAAUUCACCCACCUCGUGUAAAACUGAUGACCACUGGAAACAACACAGUGAGAUUUAACCCCAAUUUCUACCGCAAUGGCAAAGUCUGCUUAAGUAUUCUUGGAACUUGGACUGGGCCAGCAUGGAGUCCGGCACAGAGCCUGUCUUCAGUACUUAUAUCUAUUCAGUCCUUGAUGACGGAGAAUCCUUAUCACAAUGAGCCGGGAUUUGAGCAGGAAAGACACUCGGGGGACAGUAAAAACUACAAUGAAUGCAUUCGACAUGAGACAAUUAGAGUGGCAGUUUGUGAUAUGCUGGAGGGAAAAUGCCAAUGUCCUGAUGCCUUAAGGAGCGUGAUGGAAAAAUCAUUUAUGGAAUAUUAUGAUUUUUAUGAGGUGGUUUGCAAGGAUAGGUUUCACCUACAGGGACAAAACAUGCAGGACCCAUUUGGGGAAAAACGUGGUCACUUUGAUUAUCAGUCUUUGCUCAGCCGCUUGCAGAAUAUAAAACAGAAGGUUCGAGAGAAACAUCGAAGAGAAGCAGUGGACAUAGACUCUGACUCCAGCUCCUCCGAGGCAGAAACGGACACACAGGGAAGCUCAAACCCCUAAAA